AUGGCCAAUACAAAGCCAAAAUGCCAAGAAGAAGACAACCCAGCAAUAUGCAAUGCGUGCGAUCAUGUACAAAAUUUCCCAGGAGAUAAUGAGCUUGCGAACCAGGGGCGACACGAAGCUAUUCGUAGUUUUCAGAACUAUAUUCGGACAGUUCAAACUCACCAAAUAUUUGGAGACUAUGCUUCAUUGCUGACAUCUGCUGAACAGAAUGAAGUUAACAAAAGAUGCCAGGAAUUGGAGCAGAUGCUCAAUGAAAACCAGAAAAAUCUCGAUAUUGGAACAAUUGAUGCCGAAAGACGAAGACUUGAAGAUUUUAUUGAAAGUCUUAUAGAAAGUUUGGAACAUAAAUACCAGGAAGAGAAAAGAAAGAAAAAACAAGAGUUACGUGGCGCGAUUCAAAAUUUCCGUGAUGACAUUCGUUCUGUCAAACAACAUGAAGUAUUCAAGCAUUAUCAAAGAUUUUUGAAAUCAGAAGACCAAAACAAAAUUCAUAGGAAUUGUGCCGCAGUAGAGAAAUUUCUCAACGACAAUACGGAAAACCUCGAACAAAUACGCAAACAACACACAAAGUUCACACGUUGUGUUGAAAGUAUGUUGAAAAAGCUGGAAAACCAAGCUGAGGAAGAGGAAAGAAAGCAAGAACAAGAAUUACGUGAUGCAAUUCAAAGAUUUCGUGAUUACAUUCGUUCUGUUCAACAACAUGUAGUUUUCAGGCAAUAUGAAACGUAUAUAACACGUGAAGAUCAGAACGAAAUUCAUGAAAAAUGUUCUGCAGCAGAGAAAUUUCUCGAUGACAAUCUGAAAAAACUCAACCUCGAAAAAAUACAUGAAAGACAUUCAAAAUUCAAAAAGUUUGUUCAUGAUAUAUCGAACAGGCUGCACCAAGCUCAGGACGCAUAUCUAAAACGGAAAAUGCAAGAAAAGCAAGAGGAAAAGGAAGCCAUUCUGAAACAGAAAAGGGAAGAACAGCAGGAGAAAAAUGAAGCAAUUCUGAAAUUUCAAGAAUAUAUCCGUUCGGUUGAAACAUAUACUGAAUUCGGAGAUUACCAACGGUUUUUGGAAUCAGAUGACGAACAAUCCAUCACAAUGAAAUGUAUUAGAUUGAAGACAUUUCUCAGUGUAAAUCCCGAAAAGCCUGACAUCAAGCAAAUACAAAGUGCAAAAGGAAAAUUUAGAACUUAUGUUGAAGGUGUUUUGGAAAUACUACAAGAGAGUGCGGAGAACGCAAAAUUGCAGCAGCAAAGGAAAGAAGAGCUGAACAAAGCGAUUGAAAAUUUCCAUCAGUAUAUUCAGCAUCAGCAUUCUGCAUUCAAGCCGUAUGAAACGUAUUUAUUUCAAAAUGACAAACACUUAAUUGAUGGAAGAUGCGAGGAAAUGAAUACAUUUCUAAAUUUGAAAAACCUCAACAUCAAAGGAAUAGAAGACAAAAGAGUAGAAUUUGAAGCUUUCGUUAAUCGUGUACUGGACAGUCACAAACACAAAGCUCAGCUUGAUGAACAGAAGAGAAAAUAUGAAGAACAGAAAAAAAUUGAAGAGAUUCAAGAUUUCCAGAAGUUUAUUGAGUCAGUGCAAAGUUAUGCAGAAUUCCAGAAGUAUGAGGAGUUUUUAUCUGACAAUGACAAAAAAGAAAUCGAUGAUAAAUGCGUUGGGUCAGAGGAAUUUCUUAAAAAAAAACAGAAAAAGCUUGAUAUCCAACAAAUACAAGACAAGAAACGUGAAUUGGAAGAUUUUGUCAAAAGUCUGAUGGAGAGACUAAAACAAAGAUAUAAGCUUGAAAAGCAGAAGAAAAUGAAACAAGAACAGAAAAGACUUGAAGUGAUUCGAGAUUUCGAGCAAUAUAUCAAUUCAGUACAAGAUCACACAGUAUUUCAGAAAUAUGAGAAGUUUUUAUCUCAUAAUGACAAGGAAGAAAUAAAUAUCAAAUGUCUUGAAGCGAAAGAAUUUCUCAAGAAACUUCAGGGAAAUCUUGAUACCAAACAAAUAAACGAAAAAAGAUCUGAAUUUGAAGAUUUUGUCAAAAGUCUGAAGGACGGCCUAGAACAAAAAUAUAAGGCCCAUCACCUUGAAAAGCAAAGGAGGAGAGAAAAUGAGAGAGACGAAGCGAUUAGGAAUUUUCAGAAGUUUAUUCAAUCAGUUUAUGCAUUGGAAGAGUUUGCUGGAUACAGGAAAAUUUUGUCGUCUGAUGACAAAAAAGAAAUUGAGGAUGAGUGUAUCGAAAUGAACACAUUUUUGUGCACAAAUCCGGAGACUCUCGAUAUCCAACAAAUACAAGACAAGAGAGAAGAAUGUGCUGAUUUUGUGAAAAGUCUGAAGGACAGUCUAAAACAAAAAUAUAAGGAAAGCCUUGACAUCAACCAAGUGAAGGAAAAUAGAUUAAAAUUUGAAAAUUUUGUUGCGAGUAUGUUGAAAUUUCUAAAGCAAAAAUCUCAGCUCGUGGACAUUGUGACGAAAAAGAAAAGAGAAAAAGAACAGAAGAAAAACGAGGUCAUUCAAAAUUUCCAGCAAUAUAUUCGAUCAGUCGAAUCACACGCGGAAUUCAAAGCGUAUACCAAGUUCCUAACUUCUGAUGACAAAACAGAAAUCAAUGCAAAAUGCCUUACAAUGAAGGAAAUACUCAACAACAACGAGGAAAAGCUCAGCGUCGAACAAAUUCAGGAUGUAAAAAUAGAAUUUGAAGAUUUUGUGACUGAUAUAGUAAAGAAACUUAAAGAUAGAGACGAGGAGGAUCAAAAACAAAAGCUGGAAGAAGCAAUCCAGAAUUUCCAGUCGCACAUUCAGUCCGUUAAAGAUCUCAAAGAAUUCGCUCAAUAUGAAACAUAUCUAACGUCUACUGAUAUAAGUGAAAUCAAUGCCAAAUGUAUAUCAGCGCAAUCAUUCAUCGACGAGAAUAUUGGAAACCUUUAUAUAAAACAAAUCCAAGACAAGAGAGCAGAAUUUGAAAGUUUAAUCCAAAGUAUCGUGACAAAACUGCAGAGCAAAGCUCAGAUGGCCGCACAUAAAAUAAAAGAAGAGGAAAGAAAACAGUGGGAUGAAGCACACAGAAACCUUCGCAAAUUGUUAGAUUCAGUUCGUACGCAAAUAACAAACAGACAUCUUGGCGAAGCAUUUUCUCAAUACAUCGAAAACAUAAAACAUACUUGUAACGAAGCUGAAGGUUGGCUUCAAAGGAGUCAAAAAACCAUCACUGUAGAAGAACUAGAAUCAAAAGUUAUUGAAGUGGAGACGAAUCUUAAAAACCUUUGGAGUGGAUUGAAACAAGAAAUACAGGUUAUCGAAGCAGAAAAGCAACAGCAAGCAAAUAAAGAAAGAAAACUGACUGAAACUCGUGAUAAUCUCUUGGGGUAUCUAGAUUCAAUUCGUCAGAUGUGCGAAUCAGAACAAAUUGCUGAAACUGAAUAUGCAGAUAAACUAAGUGGCUUAUGCAAUGAAACUGAAGAGUGGCUCAAAUCUGAAGGGAUAUCAGCAGAAUCAAUCCAAACUAAGCAAGAGGAGUGGCAAGCUACUGUGCAAGAAAUCAAACAAAGUAUAAGCAAAAUGAAACAGGAAAAAGAAGCAGAAGAAAAUCUUCGACAAAAAGCAUUCGACAAUAUGUGGAAUUAUAUCGACGAAGUUCAAACAAAGAUCGCAACUGAUGUGGAAAACGAUGAGUUUACGAGACCGCAUAUCAAUAGGAUUACAGAAAGCUGCGAAAUAGUAUUGGAGUGGGUUAAAAAAAAUUAUGAUCGAAUUACAUUCGAUACCAUUAUAUCAGAGCAGCGUAAUCUACGAACAACGAUUGAGGAUAUUUAUGAUAAAAUGCAAGCAAGCAAAACUGAGACAGCAAGACAGCAAGCCCUAACUGCUGUACAUGAUUACAUUGACGAUGUUUGUAAAAGUCUGGAAGCUGAAAGAGAAACGGACAAAACAAUCGUCCAGUGCAUUGAUACAAUAUACAAGCAUUGCACGAAUGUAUUCAAAUGGACUAAUGAAAAUUACCAUCAAAUCACUGGCGGAAGAAUUUUAUCAGAAUUUGAUAACUUACAGAAAAAUGUCAAUGAUAUUUUUAAUGUGUUACAAGCCAGAAAAAUAGAGGUCGAAGCUGAGCGUGAACGACAGCGGGCAGAAACGAUUAGAAAGCGCGCGGAAGUAAUCAACAAUCUCCGAGCCCACAUUUCCGAGGUCAGAUCGAGAGUUGUAUUCAAAAAGUUCAAGAACAGAUUGACUGAAGAAGAUUUGAGAUUGAUAUUUAGUCAAUGUAACAUUGCAGAAAGACAUAUCGAGGAAAAUUCAGAUACGAUCCAACUGGAAGUCCAAUAUUUGGAUAUACGCAAAAUGACUGAAGAUGUGUACAAAAAGUUAAAAAGAAUUGACACGUUAGAAAAGGCUGAGGUGGCAAGGAGGCAAGCCGAAGAGCAAAGAAAGAAAGAUGAUAUGUCUCAAAAAGUGAAGAGUUACAUCGACCGUGUCCAACGUCUUACUGUGUUUGAGCCUCUCACGUCUAGAUUGACAAAAAACGAUGAAGCUCGAAUUCAAUCUGAAUGCAUCAAAGCAAAUCAGUUUUUAAUUGCGGAAAACUUGACUUCUGCUGAAAUUGAAAAAAAGUGUAGAGAACUAGAGGAAUAUGUUAAAAUUAUUUACAAGAAGUUUUAG